UAAUUAGUUUGUGUGUGCCACAAGAAGAACAAAAAUGGAUAAUUACUGGACUAAAGUGAUCACUGGCAAAGGCAUGUGAUUUCCCGGUGAUUCUAGACUCAUGAGGAUUUGCCUCUGAGCUGACAGCCUCAUUAGUCUUCUUGAGGGUUGAUGGAAGAUGAAGUGUCCCGUCCCAGAGAAGGAGCCAGGAGUGAGUGCUGAGGAGGCAGCCAUCAGCGCCACUGUGAAUGUUAAGUUCACAAAGAUGUACUUUAAACACGUUCUCUUUGAAGACACGUUCUUUGACGAGUGCUAUUUUGAAGACGUUACAUCCACUGAUACCUAUUUCAAAAACUGCACCAUUGAAUCUACCAUCUUUUAUAACACAGACCUCUACGAGCACAAGUUCAUCAACUGUCGCUUUAUCAACUCGACCUUUCUGGAGCAGAAGGAGGGCUGUCACAUGGACUUCGAGCAAGAUAACGACUUCCUGAUUUACCUCGUCAGCUUCCUGGGCAGCCUGUCCGUGCUGCCUGGGAACAUCAUCUCUGCCCUGCUCAUGGAUAGGAUGGGAAGGCUCAGGAUGAUCGGUGGCUCCAUGCUGAUCUCGGCGGUCUGCUGCUUCUUCCUGUUUUUUGGCAAUAGCGAGUCAGCGAUGAUCGGCUGGCAGUGCCUCUUCUGCGGGACCAGCAUCGCUGCCUGGAAUGCGCUGGACGUGAUCACGGUGGAGCUGUAUCCCACCAACCAGAGGGCAACGGCCUUUGGCAUCCUCAAUGGAUUAUGCAAAUUUGGAGCCAUUCUGGGAAACACCAUCUUUGCUUCUUUUGUUGGGAUAACCAAAGUGGUCCCCAUCCUUCUGGCUGCUACCUCUCUCGUCGGGGGCGGCCUGAUUGCCCUUCGUCUGCCAGAGACUCGAGAGCAGGUCCUGAUGUGAGCCACCUGCAGGGAGAGGCAACCUUGGAAGAACCUUUUCCAGGAACCUUCAAUGCGUCCACACUUCUGUCGCCAUCCAGAGGACUUUGGAUAGCACCGGAGGAGAGACUGAUGUUGCGACCCGUAGUUUUAGGACCCAUUUCAGCUUCAAGAUGUUUGUAACUCAGGUGACUGAUUUGGGGGGUCAUGGGCCACCCCUGAUAAUCAGAGAGCUGUGUGCUUGGUUUCAAGUCUCCCCAGCCCAAGGCAGGGGAGGAGAACUAACCCCCCUCCAGUGGUGCACAUGCUGAGAGCAAGGAGUGUGCAUUGCCACAAGUGAGGUGCAAGGACGUACUUGCAAUGCAAAAAAAGAGCUUGAGAACACUCAAGCUCUUUCAAAAAGGUCCUUGGAGCCCAGUGGCCUACCAAAUUGACUUGACGAGAAGUUAGAGCCAUCCUGUGAAUGUUGGGCUGGAAGUAUAAAACACAUAUAUUUUUGCAUUUAAAAAAAAAUCACCCAUCACAUUUUCCAUUUGAAAAUUGGCCCAAUAGCGGCGAAGAUACUCUGACAUAGAAAACCAAAUAUCUGUGCAUUAUCUAUAGCAACCUCCUACCCUCCCACCAAGUGUCCUGAGCUUCUCAGGAUGAUUAGAUGAUAAAAUUUACGAAUGAUAUUGAUUCCUAUUUUGAUCUAUUCAGUGAAACGUAAUGGGGUAGGUAUUCUGUAAACUAACUUUGUACAUAACUGUAUUUGGGUUCAAUUUGCAGAAACAGGGUCUGCAAAUCUUUGCCAGCAUUAUAGCCAUAUUUCGGGAGGACUCGGUGUGUGAGGCCCCGGGAAACUGGGUCUGCUGGAAUGAAAUGCAAGCACAAUUUCCCAGAGCCAUUUAACUUGCUGUGGGGAGGAGGCACUGCGCAAGCUCCCAUUGUGCAGCUCACUUAAUCCGGGCACUUCUCUUCGUGUAGGUGGAGAGCUCUCCCCUCUUACACAGACCACUUGAGAAACCCCCCGCUCCACCGUCUGCAGUACUGGCAUUUGACUUUGCCGCUCACCCCGAAACACCCCGAGAAGCGUUCAGUAGCCUCUGGCGCUGUCUUUGUCGGUGAGAGUCCAACAGGGUGGACAACGUGUGGGUUGGAGGGAGGGGCGGGGAAGUAUAGCCGCAGUUCUUCAAAGUGGAAGUUCUUCCUGUUCCUUUUGGCAGCAAAACGCAACCCAGAUUUGUUAUAAUGGUCAGGUCCCAUGGGAAAUCUAUGCUAUGGGUCUGGGUUCAGGAUUUUGGAGUCAGAUGUCACUGACAAGGGAGCAGGGAGUCUCGUGGAUGCCAAAUGUGUUUUCCUUGAGUGCUCUAGGAAGACGCUUUCCUGAGGUCCAGUUUGGAACACGAGUUGGGGGCAGGUGGAGGAACCUAGGACUAACUACUUUGGCAAGGAUCAGCCACAGGCGGAAGUCUUCACCGUGUAGAAAAAGAUCAACAUUUCAUCCACCAGAAUUGUUCUGCAUGGAAGGGACAGGGAGCUGGGAACCUGUGACCCUGGCAGUGAACUUACCUGGACCGGGUGACCGUCAGCCUGUGAGAACUCAGGCUUUGAGCUGAUGAGCGGCACUCUCAAUGCGGAAAGGUGCCUCAUUGCCCAUACCAGAAGUCUCCAAAAUCGAAAACAGAAUAACGAUGGCUCUGCUGAAGUGUCUUCUCAGUUUUAGAGAAAUGCUUGGGUCCCGACACAGCUUCAGGCCAUCUUUCUGUUGUUCCCUCGAGUAACACGCAGACAGGGGGAGAGAGUAAAUUCUGCCGUAACUUUCUACCCUCAAGUUGAGAUCAGUUUUAAUGGUUGAAAUGUUUCCUCUGCUUCCUUGUCUCUCACCUCUUUAUCUACCCCCUUUUUUCCCCAUGUACAUUGAAGACACAUCUACUCGGAUUUGACAUCCUGAUACCCCCCAAUAUAUAAAUAGACCACCGUGUUUUAAUGUUUCUCUCAGUGCUUUAUAGAAGCGACCUGACAGAAACGCCAUGUCAGUGACGAGAGACCCAAUGUAAUAUAGCUGUAAUAUACCUGCCACAGUCUUAAGAUGUGAAAUAUAGUGGCUAGUUCACACAAGAGAGCUGUGUGAGCCUGGGAUGACUACGUCCCUUACGUUGGUUCAAAGAGCAGCUAUCGCAUAAAGAAUUGACAAAGCAGUUAAGAGUCUACGUAUCUAGUGCAGGUGGAUCUUGUAAAUCUAAAACGUGAUACAUUUUUUGUUAGUGUUGGGGUGGCUAUGAUAAUUUUUGGGGAGGGUAAGCUCCUUUUGAUUUCCAAGUGCUAACUUGCGUGUUACCUUCCUGGCUUGUCACACCACCCACCGACACAACCAAGGGCAAUUCUCAUCCCACCUGUGGUCUGUGGGCUUUCCCCACGGAAAGCCAUCUGGCACGGGAAUGUGCCCCCUUCUCAAAUGCCAUCACUCCUGCUGAGAUAAAUGCUUCUUGACAUGCAGCCUCAGUGGCAGGACAUUGAGGGGGGUAAUGCACAGCAUUCCUGGCCAUCCACCUCUUUUUCCUUUUGUGUUCUACCCGGAGGAACUCCCAACGGCAUCUGUGGAGAAGUAAAGGAAUGAGGUUCUCCCUCAUUGAGCGAAUCUGUUCACAGUUCACGAUGUAUUUUAUGACGUCCAGUUUGGGAGUAGUUACUCUUAACAGUCUUAACUGUAUUGUGUCCUUUUCUGAUGCUGAUUUUCGAUCUUUCGUUUUAUUGAAAAUAAUUGGUGGAAGGGGUGUGUCAGUUUGUGAAGCCUUUCGCACAUGAGCCCCAAGGUCAUGUUACAAGUCACCCCGUUCCCAGGGUCUCCUGGUACCUUGUGUUCGUUCAUUAAAAAAUAAUAAAAAUAAUUGUAAACAAACCUUGAAAAACUGAGGCUAGAGAUUAUUUUCAGAUGCUAAGAUCUCUUCCGGUUUCCUACAUCGAUCUAAUCAGCUAGGAGGAGCAUCAAGAAUCAUUUCCUUUAACUUUAUUUUGCACAGGGGGACCUGGAAAGAUUAAACGAUGUGUCCAAAGUGAGGCGUAGCACUAGGAGUGGGUCACAAGGCUUGUUGUGCUCUCUCUGUAAUUCUGAGCUGAGUUGUCAGUCACUGAUACCCUACUGCAGGGCCACCCACAGAGUCUUUGGGGAGUGGGACAAUGUGACCAACCCUCACCUUCCAUUUCCUGAGGCCAGUCACUGAAACCUCACUUGAUUGGUUGACCUAAAAUGAAUGGGAGGGCCAGAAAAAAUCAGUAUUCAUUCAUUCAACAAGUCCACUUAGACCUCAUCCAACACGUGUUUUCAGAACGGCUACCCUGGGUCUUGUGUUAUAUUAGGUCCCUGCCUCUGAGUGCUUUUCCUUCCACGUGGACCGAAGCUUCGUGCUUCUGUGGGUAGCGGCGUUGUAUUUACUCACAGCCCUAAGAGCAAUUUGGGAAUAAAUCACGCAGAGCCUUUGCCUUUGAGACACGCAGAACGGACAUUGUGUUUCAUUUGCAGAGGCACGGUGGGGAAAUUUAGAUGCAUGACUUUUGCGCCAGCAGUGAGGUUCCCAAAAAGGUGAAUGAUGAAAUGAAACCGAGGCCAGAGCUAUCCACAGAGGUUAAAGGGAGAAAUACGAGUGCUUAUAGUCAGUGCUAAUUAUAGAAUGGACAGGGGACCUACUUGGCAGGCCCAUAACGCAGUUCCUACCCUCAGAACGUUCAAGAUGUGAACUGGGGGAUGAGCAUCUCACCUGAGAACACAAGCUUAGCUUUUCAUUUACCUCUGGUCCUGGUGGAUUAAAAUAUCAUAUAGUUUUAGUGACCAGAAAUAUCUAUUCCUUUACAAAGCAAAUUGUCUUUUAGGAGGUGUCUUCCACCACAGUUCAUGUGGUGGCCUUAUUCACAGUGACCAUGGCUCAGAAGAGCAUGCCACUCAAAAUCAAUUGUCACCCCCCCCCCACUUCCCGUGUACGUAUAUAAUCUCAGGAAUUCAGAUUUCUCUAAAUCAGCAUGUGUGAUUUCAGUAGGAUAGGAACAAAGGCCAGUGAAAAUGACGUUCCGGGAAAAUUAGACUUUGGACUGUUUUGCAAAGGACUGCUUAAAAAUGCUCGGAAAAACAACUGGUAAGCAGUCGAUGAACCAUUAUAAAUGACUCUUAUUCAUGAAAGUGCUUCUCCUGAAUAAUUGCAAAAUAAAUUCUUUCAAUCGCAAAUAUAUUUGAAAGUGAUGAAACUCUACCUCUUCAAAAUGUGUCUUAUGGUUUAGCUUUUUUUUUUUUUCCAGUUUGGAGUCAGUCUGGGUGAGUCAAGAAAUCCCAACUUUAACAAAAGUUUGGAGUAGAUUGCUAAUAGCUCAUUCGCAGGUAUUUAUCCUAAUGAUUUUAAUGAGGGCAAUUUGCAGAAACCUGCAGAAACCUGCACUCCGUGUAGUUUACCGUGGGACGAUGGAACUGUAAGCUGCAGAUUUGCCAUCAGGACACAGACAGCACGUGGCUGAGAUGUGUGACAGAACUGAGGUUGUGACAAGGGAUGCAGGAAAAGGGUAUUUUGUGGGUCGUCCUGAACAGACAUGGGCAUCCAGUAAGUCUAAUAGAUGGUUUUGAAAGGUAGCUCAACUACUGAAAAAUCAUGGUUUGGGGAAGGAAGACGGAGGUAUGUGUGACAUGUAAUAAUAAAAAAAUAUAUACCCCACAGCAUAUAGAUCGAUAUGAAAACUAUUUUAUUGUUUAAAAUACAUGUCAUGGAUUAGUCAGUUCUGACUCGAGCUCUUUUUCGCAUAGGGCAUAAAAGUCUAACAUAUAUUUUAAAAUUUGAAAGUGCGAAAUAUGUAUAAGUAUAAUAAACACAGAUUUGCCGUGUCGAUUCUGCUACAUUUCCAAUGGGCCGAAUAUUAAAAUAACUGACCUGUGCCUUUCAGGUUUCAGGAAUAGAGGAGGAUUUAAGGGUAUUUUUCUGCUUGAGCUUAGGUCCCAGAUUUUUGGUCCAUUUGAGUCCUGGAGGUUCCCAAACCGAACAGACUAGGAGAGUGUCUGCAUCAUUUGUUACCAUACUUCUUUCUUCCGGACAUAAUGGGUGAAGCAGAUAAAGCAGGUUGAGGCAUUAAGAAGAGCUCUUCUUAAAGUUUGCUGGCUCUUUUUUUUCUGUACUGAUUUAUACUUAUAAAUAUUUAGAAUUUUUUUCUAUCCCCAAACCAUAAGGUAAACUCAGAAAGUGCAGACUAGGCUUUUGGGUCCCAGUGAGCAGUUGUGUGGGGUUAGAGGUUUUAUUCCUUCUGGUGGGCGGGGAGCCUAGAGAUGUGCCUGUUUGCGGGGGGCGGUGGAAAGAAUCCAGAUGUGGGUGACUACUCAUAGUCUUCCCUGAAUGUUUGACUAGUGGUUCUGAGUUUUUUUUUAGCAUCACCGCUACAAAAAGGGCUGUCUCAGUCCUUUGACUACAGGAGACACUGGCCGCUUUUCAGAUGUGCCAGGCUGAGUAGUAGUGAUGACAUAGCGUUAUCUCGAAACAAAGGUGAUGAAGACCACGUCACCAGCUUUCCACAGUGGUCCCGGGAAGUGCUCUAUGAUUUGCAAAGAAUACUUGGUAGGGAGGGCAGGCAUUUGUAAUAUCACAGCUGUUGAUGAAGUGGGCUGACACCCAGCCCGGAGAGGAAAGAGAUGCUGAGAAGGGGGUGUGUAGGUGACUCGCAAAGGGACCCAUUCCCCAGCUUUCAGCGCCUUGACAACUGGUUGGAUUAAUCUUGCCCAUAGGCCCACCUGGAGCUGUUUGGAUGAGCCUGUACAUGACACCAUGCCCAGUGAAUGCAGCUACUGCACGAUUAAGCUAAUGCGGUGAGUGUGAAGUGACCGAAGUAAUCUCUGUUUUCUCGUCAUAUUUUUCACGCUCUAGUGUCCCUGCCCCUUGACAUGUUUUUCCACCUGACUGUCCCUGGAGAGUGGGAUGGCUACGCCUCUUUGCACUUCAGUGUAUGAAAGUAGCAGAAACAUUUGGUUUGGUGAGUGGCAAGUAAAAAUUUUAACCUU